UCAGCACCCGAAUGUCAGAUAGUGUUUUUUGAUAUUAGAGUUUUUGUGAUUUCAUUAACCCUUUUCCUCUUCUAAAGGGCUGUUGAUCACCAACUUGAUGCUUGUGCCAGUAUGUUGAUUGUUGUGACCGUGGGUUUUUAGGAUGUAGGGCUAGGUUGUUUUUUUUUUUAUUAUUUCAAGUAAGAUGUAUUUCUUUUAACCCCAAAGAUGCAGGUAGUUGAACGGAAACUUAUAUAGAGUGAAAAGAAUGGAAAUCUUGGGUGAUAAACAAAACUCAUCUAAAAUCACUGAUUUUUUUACGAGUCCUGGGAAGAAGAACUGUAUUGAAAAUGAUGCAUUGGAUUCAGAAUUCUAUACUCCCUGCAAAACAGAAGCAAAUGGGAAUAAAGAAGGGACGCCUUGUAAUGAUGAAAAAGAAAUCAACAAGACAGCCAAAACAGUCUUAUCUGUCAACUCACCACGGGUCAGAAUGAACAGAAAGAAAAAAGUAAUACAAACUGGCCAGGACAACAAGUUAUUGACAGAUUAUUUUCCAGUAAGAAGAAGUGGUCGCAAACCUAAGUCAGAGUUGGAGAAAGAAAAACGGGCUGUACUUGAGGAGAAGAUAUUGAAGAAGAUUGAAGAAGGUUUAGAGGUUGCUGACCUAGGCGAGAAAGGCAGAGGAGUUGUUGCGACCAAAAAUUUUCUUCGAGGAGAUUUUGUUGUGGAAUAUGCAGGAGAACUUAUCAACCUUUCCACAGCAAAACACAGAGAAAAGGAGUAUUCUGAAAAUCCAAAAUUUGGUUGUUACAUGUACUACUUUGUACAUAAGAACAGAAAUUACUGCAUUGAUGCCACAGCAGAAAGUGGAAGAUUGGGCCGUCUCAUCAACCACAGUAAAACUGCAGCAAACUGUCAUACAAAACUUACAGAAAUUAAUCAACGGCCAUACUUAAUGCUGAUGGCCUCUAGAGACAUUUCUCUGGGAGAGGAACUGUUAUAUGAUUAUGGUGACAGGAAUAGGGACUCUAUAGAAUCUCACCCAUGGUUAAAAUUUUAGCAACAAGUUUUUUGUGUUAAUCUAAAAUGAAAUGUUGAUUGUCAUCCUUCAUUUGAAUGUUUCUUUGAUUUUAAUAGCAGAAUGUCAUUUUGAUAAUUUUGCAUGUAAGUUAUGUUCUUUCAUUGUUGCAUGCAGGUUUAGUGAUAAGCCCUCUGCUACAAAACAUGGAAUAUGUCCCAGUCUUGAGUGUGUUAUUCACAAAUAAUCAUACAUAUCAUGUGAUGUACAUACAUUUAGAGUUAAAGGCCAGUCAAUUUCAGCACUGUGUGAGAAGUUGUCUCAGUUCUGAAAUAUUGAUGUAACUAUGUUGCUAUUAGAUUCAUUCUUCAAAUUUACAAUUUUGAAAUGAAAUUAGACUAUUGUACUAAGACUGAUUUUUAAAGAAAAACAUUUGAAAUCCAUAUUGCUGGUGCAUGUACUGUAUCAGGAUAAAGAAAUUCUUUGUUAGUGUAUAGAAUCAUCAUGACAUGCCAUGAAUUUGGUAACACACACUCCUCUAAGCUGACAGGUGUCAACGAUUACUCAAUUCUCAUAUAGGAAAUAAAUUUCAUUUUUGAAAAUACAUGAGGGUUUGAACUGCGACACUUCACGAUGGCAUGUUUCAUGAAGCGCGUUACAUGUUAUGAUGUGAAUAUAUGAUCAUGAAGUUCAAUAGAAUGCAAACAUAUAACACAGACUGAAAUAUUUUGUAAAACAUGACAAUCCUACAUUUGUUCUAUUAUAAUGGCAUGUGAGUGUUGCUCUCCUUUAUGCAAAAUAAGAUGUAUGAUUUUAAAAAAGUUUUGUUCUUAAUUCAUAAAGCUUUUUACAAGUGUGUUCCUUUAAAUAAUGAUAGCGUAUAACACAAAGACAUUUUGAUUAUAUGCAAGGUUCACAUUUUCAUCCAAGGUCACUUGUUUGGUAUAUAUUUCGUGGUUAAUAUUCAGGAAACUUGACUAAAGAUUUGAUUACCAGUCAAAUGCUAUAGACAAAACACAUCUUGUUAUGCCCCAGCCAUGGCUGGGGCAUACAGUGUUACCUUGUUUUUGUCUUGCAUCAUUAUUCAUUUUCCAUUUGUUAUCUCUGCUACAGAUGCGCAUAUUCAACUGAAAUUUGGUAUGUAGAUAAUCAUUGAACAUUCAGAUCAAGUUCUUAUUUUGUUACGGAUAAACAAUGUUUGACAGAGUUGUGCCCCUUGGACUUAAAAUUUCAAACAAUUCAUAGUUUCUGCUCAUUAUUUCAGUCAUACAUGGACAUUUUGAAUUGAAAUUUGGGUUAAAUAUAUGUGAUGAGAAUAUGCAGGUCAAGAACUUACACGGGUUCAGUGUGGAAACUUUUGGCAGAGUUAUGGCCCUUGGACUGGGACAUUUGUGUUCUGACACAUCUAUUUCCUAUUUUGUGCAGACAUUAUAAAUGCAGUAAUUUCUAACCCCAGUCUUGUGCAAACUUUACAAAUGCAGUAUUCUUGGUCAAAGAUGGCUGCUAUUUUUUCAACUCACUUCAUUGUACUUGCAGGUUGUGAGGGCAUAAAACUUUGAGGAGCUAUACAUUUAUUUAAGAAAAAGUGAAAAUGAGAUCAAAGUUGUGCACAUCUCAAUUUUUAGCAACAGAAUUAGCUAAGUACCAACUUUUCCCUAGAUGACUGGUCUUUUACAAGUUUUAUGGCCCUGCGAUCUUGUUUUUUAUUUUCUUUGCCUGUGGCCCUUUACAUGCCCCAAGGUACGGAAGUCGAGAUUAUUAAAUUUCAACAUGGCAUGAUUUUCAUGUUCAAGACAUUAACUAACAUUUGUCCUGUAAUGUAUGUAAAGACUAGUUCAUUUUUGUUCAAGAGAUAGUUUAUGAAAUUUGUGUUUGAGAGUGUUUAGCAAUGCGUAAUUUCUAAUUUUUGUCCAUUGAAUGUUUAAACAGGUUUUUAUAAAUGAAAUAAAGAAAGGCUGUUGGAAUGAUGAUAAA